AUGAAUAUGCCAACAACAGGAAUUUCAAAGUUUUUGGACAAAUUAAUACGACCAAUAUUUGAUAAACAUGCACGUUCAAUCACAAUUAUUGAUGGAGUUGAUUUUAUUCAACGUUUAGAAGCAUAUGCAACAAGCGGAUAUCUAAAACCAAAAACGUAUCUAUACAUGUUUGAUAUUACAGAUUUAUAUAAGAUGUUACCACACGAAGAAUCACUUGAUAUUCUAAUUGAAUUUCUCCUUCAACAAGGCUAUGAAAAAUUUCGAAAUAUUCCAAUUGAUACUAUUCGAAAGUUAGCUCUUAUUGUCAUUAAAGAAAAUGCUUUUUGUUUAUGA